CUUAUGGGGAAACCAAAAUAUGUUCGUCUAUAACUUUUUAAGUAGCCUAGCUGACGAGAUGGGGACUUCACAUGCACAUGGAAUAGUAGUUGGAGAAUACGAUAGCAUAUAUAACUAAAUUCUUUCUUAAGUUGACUAGGUGGUUAUUGCUUAUGCCCACAGAAAUAAAUCGCCGUCGCGUAUGCAAAUACAUUUUUUUGCAUAUGUACAUAUGUACUACUUAUUUAAGAAAAAAUCACUGAAUAAUUCUUUGCUUUUGAUUUGUUUGACGUUUACAGCCCGAGAAUUUAAUUCUGGAACUUCGGUUAAGUUGCAUGAAAAGAAGAUUCAUCUGCGCGAAAAGCCCGAACCAAAGGAGUGUCCAAUAUGUCAGAAAGAAGUCGAUCCAAAUUAUCUUAAACAUCAUAUUGACAAUGUUCAUGCUUCAGAGCGAAAGUUUAUCUGUGAUUUUUGUGGCGAUUCGUUUAGAAGUAACGUGUUGCUUCACUACCAUAAACGAUUGCAUUUAGAGCGCAAAUUUCCGUGCACUAUAUGUACAAAAAAGUUCAUACGCUCAAAUGAACUUAAAGUACACAUGCGUAGUCACACUGGAGAAGAACCGUACGCAUGUCAUAUAUGUGAUCGACGUUUCAAAAUCAAAGUUCGACUCAACUAUCACUUGCAGCGGCACGCUGGAAUUAAACGAAAAUGCAAAGAGUGUGGAAAAGAAUUUAAUCACGUCAAACAAUUGAAAAUACAUUCUUAUAAACACACCGGCAUGCCCUAUAGGUGUUCAGUGUGUAGUUAUGCUUGCGCACAACGUGAUGUAUUUAGGAAUCAUUUAUUGCGAAUGCACGAUAUGACAAUGACUCCGGAUGAAUAUUGUGCCAUGUUCAAGGCAAAUACUGGUCGGAAUCCCCACGUUAAAACUCUGGAGGAAUUGCAAUCCGGGGCGCAAAAUAUGGAGCAAGAGGAAUUAUUAAACUAAUAUUAAAAGUUAUGACCUAAGUACAAUAACGGAAGAUUAUUUAUUUUAAUAAACUUAACUUGGUUUUGUCAAUAA